CUUUUUACACCUCCCAUUAUUUCUGCGAACCCUUCGAAACCAAUAUUGCUAUACCUAUCACAAAAAACAAAAAUACAGCCUUCGUAUCCAAAAUGAGCCUUUCACGAACUUUCCUCCGUCAACUCCGGCCCGCCUCUUCUUCUCGAGUCGUCCUCCGAUCCUUCUCCAGCUCCCGAUCCACUUUCUCCGAGACCCCUGCUGGCGACGCCCCAGUUAACCCAAAGAUUGCCCCCAUAGUUGACAGCAUCUCUUCUCUGAGCUUAUUGGAGGUUUCAGAACUUGUUACUGCCCUUAAGACGAAACUCAACAUUACUGAAAUUUCCCUCCCUGCUGCCUCUUCCCCCGCCUCCGCUGCUGCUUCCUCGACAUCGUCCGAAGCCCCUGUUGAAGAGAAGCCCAAGGAGAAGACAAUUUUCACCGUCAAGCUCGAGAAAUUCGAUGCGGCCGCUAAGGCGAAGAUCAUCAGGGAGGUCAAGGCUCUCAUGCCUAAUAUGAACUUGGUUGAGGCUAAGAAGUUCGUCGAAUCCGUUCCCCAAACCCUUAAAGAAAACAUUCCCAAAGAAGACGCCGAAAAGCUUCAAAAGACUCUGCAAGAUUUGGGUGCCACCGUCUCUCUGAUCUAAUUUCCUUCAUCUGCCAAUAUCGACAAACCAUUGACAUGUUAAAAUGGCUGGUUAAAAAGGUGCAAAGGGAGGGACGGUAUAAAGGCGUUUAUGCAUGGUAUUUGACUUGAAUUGGGAUUUAGGCCAGGAUUUAUUGGGUUGCUGGGAAGAAUGGAUGUGAUAACCGCAGGAAGGAUUCGGAUGGAGAAACGACGAUAGGCGAAAAGGCAAGAAAUCGAUAAAGACAAGAAAGCGAUAUACAGGACUGAUUCACUAGAAGACCAAUACAUAAGACGUGGAUCCUACGACUGAAUUCAACAAUUCAGGCUUGGAAUAGAAAUCUCAAUAAGGACAUUAUUUGAGUAGGACAGGAAAGAGAGACAGAAAAGAAAGCGGCACUGAGCGUGAGGACACAUAGAAAAUCGAUGGAUGGAAGCGACAUUGAGGCGCAGGCAAUGACCAAGAAACACAACGACGACAAUGAAGGCGAAGAUCAAGUUUAAGAUAUGCGAACUAAAUCGCAAAAUUGAAACUAAAUUAGAUCCAUACCAUGGGGCUGAAGCAUUGAUAAUAAGCGAGGGCAAGCGACGGCCAGAACUUCAGAAGUCGAUAUUUGGCAUUCAUUCGGCUGGGCUCAGAGGAUCAGGAGAAGGAAGCAUGUACCAUGGGUUUGUGUCUUGAGUAUGUAAAUCAGUCGCCACUUGUGGAUGGUAAAGAGAAAGAAAAAAUGUUCCCAAAUCGGGAAUAUUGACGUACAGCUCUUAUCAGAAGUCGAUCUGAAGUUUGAAACUCGAAAUCUCGAAUCGCGAGUCAAAGUUAGAGCCAAUUGGGAAAUUGCUGAGUCAGUACUGUUAGGGAAAGGUUGAGACCUUCUAUGUUGUCACGAGCCUGCACAUAGUAGAAGAGAUAAGAGAUCAUAGGAGGGAGUUAUGUAAAAGAGAAAGGCAAGAUUGUUUCAGAUAAGAAGGUCCCAGCUAGACAUCCAGCUGGACCUCCGAGAAAAGAACUGGACUUCCAGCUGGACCUCCGAUAGAAGAACUGGACUUCCAGCUGGACACCUCGAAGGAUAUAAAUAGAUUUCUGUAGAAGUAUAUAAAGGGGAGCUCUGUCCUCGAUCUUGAUCUUCUUCCCCUCGAAGAUCAAUAUCUCAUAAGUUACUUUGCGAAAGGUCCUCGAGUGUCACGAGCCUGCACAAAGAAGAAGAGAUAAGAUAUCAUAGGAGGGAGUUACGUAAUAGGAAGGCAAGAUCCGAUUCAGAUAAGAAGGUCCAGCUGGACCUCCAGUUGGACCUCCGAGAAAAGAACUGGACUCCGAGAAAAGAGCUGGACGUCCAGCGAAGGAUAUAAAUAGAUUUCUGUAGAA